AUGCUCUGCACAGUGUGGAUUCAAAUCCUGAUGUCUCUGGUGCCUCCAAAAAUUCUCGACCGGAUCUUCCCCAAAGUGGUCACUGGGACCUUACUUCUCCUUAUCGGUGUAUAUCUUAUUGCCAACGGCAUGGAAAACUGGGGUGGCAGCUCCAACUGCCACGGAGGACAAGGAUUCUAUGCUUUGUGCCCGGAUGUAUCUGCCCCAAACCCGUUGCCUUGGGGCGAUCCCAAAUUGAUCGGACUGGGAUUCAGCGUCUUUGUGUCGAUCGUCUUGGUUGAAUUCUUCGGGUCCCCAUUGAUGAAGUCUGCGUCUAUCAUCAUCGGACUAGCCGUGGGAUGCGCCAUCUCAGGAGCGACGGGUUACUGGACUCGCGAUCAAAUUGAUAGUGCUCCUGUUGGCACAUUCCUCUGGGUCCAUACAUUUAAACUGUCCGUGGAUAGCGCAUUGGUGUUGCCGCUGCUUAUUCUCUUCGUCUGCGAGGCCGUCAGCUGCAUGCCGGACAUCCUAGCCACGGCCGAAAUCUCGAAGGUGUCGAUCGAUGGACCGGAGUUCCAGAGUCGCAUCCAGGGAGGUAUUCUCUGCGACGGAAUCGGCAGUCUUAUCAGUGCGUUGGGCACGUCCCUACCGAUGGUCAGUCAAGCCGGGAACAACGGCGUCAUUUCGCUGACGGGGUGUGCGGUGAGUCUUUCAGCCAUGCGAAUAUGA